CACAAGUACAGAGCAAAAGGAGAUGAAUUUUUACGUAAUGUUCUUGAGGGUUCAGGGAAACGUAAUAAAUAUACGAGUCCAAUUAUACAAAAUGAAAUAAUUCAGUCAUAGCAACUCAGUAUAUGUGUUUGAUAUAUUGAUGAAAACAAUAAGUUGCAUGAGAACUUUUUACAGUUUUUUGAAAUUGAUAGCUUGACUGGUUAUGACUUGGCCAACUCAAUAUUAAAUGGCUUAAACAGAUGUGGAAUUGAUUGCAAUUAUUUAUAUGGCCAAGGCUAUGAUGGGGCCAGUAAUAUGGCUGGUCGAUUUAAAGGAGUACAGACUUUUGUGAAAUCUAAAUACCCCAACGCUAUAUAUGUACAUUGUGCAGCACAUUCGCUGAAUUUAGCUGUUUCAACAGCUAGUGGCAUAAAACCUAUCAGAAAUUGUUUGGGGGUGAUCGAAAAAGUUUAUAAUUUUUUCAAUACCCCUAAAAGAAAUUCUGUUCUUUUAAAUACCAUUGAGAAUUCAAAUAAUGCACCCCAAGUAAAACAACUCAAACGGCUUUGUGCUACUCGUUGGAUUCAACGUUAUGAUUCUGUAAAUGAUUUUUCUGAACUAUUUUCAUUUGUUCUCAAUGCGUUAGACAUUAUAUCUGAUUGGAAAGAAUCAACAGAUGCUGAAAUGCUUCAGAAAGCGUUAAAAGAUUCAGAGUUUUUGAUUUCUUUGAAUGUUAUAAAGGUAUUAUUUUCUUAUGGACUUCCGCAGUGUAAACAAUUGCAAAAAGUUCAAAUUGAUUUGAAAAAGACAAUACUCAUAGUAGAAAAUAUAAUAGCUACUUUAAAAUGUAUCAGAGAAAAUAAUGAAAUAGAAUUCAAAAUUAUCUAUAAUAAUGUCAAAAAAAUGGCAGAUGAUGUUGGAAUUGAAUUGCUAGAGAAAAAAAUUUCUUCUAAACAAACACAUAGAGCUAAUCCAAAUUUACAAAAUCAUUCUACCGAACAAUACUAUCGUGUAACAGUAUUUUUACCAUAUAUUGAUUACUUUAUAUCACAACUUACUGAGCGUUUUAUAAAUCAUAAAAGUAUUUUUGAAGGGUUCGAUUGCAUUUUUAAAACCCAGCCAUUGCCACUAGAGAUAAAUGACCGAGAACAAUUUAAUAAGCUUGUGAACAUAUAUUCACCCGUUGUAGAUAAAUUCAAUAGCAUAGCCGAAUUCAAUAUGUGGAAAACAAAACUAAUUACAGAUAAUAUCAUUCUUAGUUCAGGAUUACAGGCAUUAGAAAUUUGUGAUAAAGAAUUUUAUCCCAACAUUUACAUGUUGAUAAAAAUAUUUUGUACGCUUCCAGUGUCAACAACAACUCCUGAACGAUCAUUCUCUAAUUUAAAAAGAAUUAAAACUUAUCUCAGGAAUAGUAUGAAUGAAACUAGACUGAAUGGAUUGGCUCUAUUAGCGUGCCAUACAGAAACAAAGAUUACACCAGAUGAAGUCAUUGAUGAAUUGUUUCUGAAAAAUAGAAGACUGGAGUUUGUUUUGUAAAAUCACUGCAAAUAAAUGGCUAUAUGUGCCUAUGUGUUAUAUAUACCUAUGUAGAUAAUAGAUAUCAAUGAUCAAUAUAAUUAUAUGAUAUUUUACAUUUUUACAGAACAAAUUAUUAAUUAGCUAAAUAUUUUAUAAAUUUAUUUCAUUGUGUUGAUUAUUAUAAAUCUAUAUUAAGCUAUUAAUAUAUUUUUUAUUCAUUAGAUUAUUAUGUUAAACUUAAAAUGCUAUUCAUUAAUUAAUAUUGUCUU